AGCCGACCGCCGAUCGAGUGAAUCAGUUUUGAUCCAAAGUUUUCGAGACAAAGAGGCAGGAGAAGAACGAAGGGGCAAUCGAGGAUGUCUGUUCAAUCUACUAGUCGAUAUCUGCAACUGCUCACCAGGCCGAGAACUGCAGCACUCCUGAGCACGAAACCAGCAGCCCGGCACAGUUCAACAUCGGUAUCCAAGAAUCCAGAGAAGACAAAAACAACAACACCAGCACCAGCACGAGCAGAACGGAAAUACGAAGUAGAUAUCUCACUCUUCUCCCCCUUACUCGACCCACAUCCAUCGGAAACAGGGCCCUAUCACGAGAUCUUCUUUGGCUCCCAACCACCAUUCAUCCCGAUCCCCGAUGAGAUCGUGCGCCAAUCACUUGGAGAGCGAGGGAACUCGGCGACGAUCGAGAGUUUAUUGCCCUACUCACUCGACGAACGGGAUCUGCGAAGACUGAUGAAGUUCACCCUGGUCACCAAGCGCGUCGUCAACCAAACCGGCAAGGGCAAGAUCCCUAGCAUGUACACCAUGGUCGUCGUCGGCAACGGGAAUGGCUUGGUCGGCUGCGGCGAGGGCAAGAGCGAGCGGAUGGGAGACGCCGCCGCCUCGGCUACCAAACAUGCCAUCAAGAACUUGGCGCCCGUCAAUGUCUUCGAAGGCCGCACAAUCCAUUCAGAACUCAAGGCAAAGUUCCAUGCCACGGAGAUCGUCAUGAGGCCCCGCCCACCUGGGUUCGGACUGAGAUGCAGUCCGUUCAUUCACCAGGUUGCCAAAGCGGCCGGAAUCUCAGACCUCAGUGCCAAAGUGACCCGAAGUAACAACCCGAUGAACGUGAUCAAGAUGGCGCUGAUGAUGCUCCAAUCUGGAGGAUCGCCCGUUGGGAUGGGUGAUGGGUUUGGUGGGAAGGGCAAACGAUUGGAAAAAGGGAUCGGAAUGCGCACCGGUGAAGAACUUGCUCUGAUGCGUGGUCGACGAUGUCAGCCAUGGUCUAUUGAAGACAUCGAUUAAUUGGUCCAUCUCAUGUUGGAUCAUCAUCAUCCUCAUUGUUUUUUCGCCUCAAAUCUCAGCCAAAACUUGCAACAAUAUCAAAAACCCUAGUAAGGAAUUCAUCGAUUAGAUGACUCGUUGAUAUCUAUUUCUACAUAUCAAGUGCUUGGAAUGUUGGGUGGGAGGGAUAUCCUAAAGAGGAGAGGGGAGAAAUGAUAAGACUUGGACAGUUGUCUGUCCCAG